CAGUGGUGCCUGGCUGCUGUGGUUGGGGUCGCUGUUGUUCUCUCGGGGGAUCUCGACGUGACUGGUGACUCGCAGGACCUUGGCGCCCGCUGACAGGUCAAAAUGCAAAUUUUCGUGAAGACUCUGACCGGCAAGACCAUCACCCUGGAAGUGGAGCCCAGUGACACCAUCGAGAAUGUGAAGGCCAAGAUCCAGGAUAAAGAAGGCAUCCCCCCUGACCAGCAGAGGCUCAUCUUUGCAGGCAAGCAGCUGGAAGAUGGCCGCACUCUUUCUGAUUACAACAUCCAGAAAGAGUCCACCUUGCACCUGGUGCUCCGUCUCAGAGGUGGGAUGCAGAUCUUCGUGAAGACCCUGACCGGCAAGACCAUCACCCUGGAAGUGGAGCCCAGUGACACCAUCGAGAAUGUGAAGGCCAAGAUCCAGGAUAAAGAAGGCAUCCCCCCUGACCAGCAGAGGCUCAUCUUUGCAGGCAAGCAGCUGGAAGAUGGCCGCACUCUUUCUGACUACAACAUCCAGAAAGAGUCCACCCUCCAUCUGGUCCUCCGUCUGAGGGGUGGCUGCUAAUUCUUCAGUGUUGCAGUCACAGUGCACAAUGAUGGCAUUACUGUGCACUGUAGCUAUUUUCCUCCGUUUAAGCUUAGAAAUUACCAGUUUCAGUAAUAGCUGAACCUGUUCAAAAUGUUAAUAAAGGUUUUGUUGCAUGGUAGCA